AUGGAUGGGCUGCUGCGCACCUUUCACGCCAGCCUGGCGGACGCCGGCUUGGCACAGCGCCGCGAGGCAGCGCUGGUGGCGCGGAGCGCAGAGCGCAGCAAGCUGGGCUACAAGCAGGAUGGCCAGGUGGCCUGGGACCGCGUGGAGCAGCUGGUGGAGGCGGACGUCACCUUCCUGCGGGCUCGGCUGAAAGCGCCGCCCAUCUGGGAUCCUGAGCUCCACACGCGGCUCAGGCGCUUCGCGGCGGGGGGUGGCACCGUGGCCUUGGCCGGCCAACGCAAAGACGUUCUGCUGCCGGGCGGGGCGCUGGAGUACAGCGGUGCUCUGGAGGGCGAGUGGCUGACGCUGCUCACCGGGGAGGCAGCGGGCCGUUUACAGACCUCCGCCUUUGUCUGGGUCUACCGCUUCGGCCGCGCCGCCGCGUGCUGCGCGCAGCUGGCGGCCCACCCGGCACUGGCGGGCCCCGAGCUGCGGGCGGCGCUGGUGUGCAGGAAGCCUGACGUCGACCCUGUCCUGGGCAUGCAGGUCUUUCUUGCCGCCACCUGGCGGGGCGGGCCGGUGCCCACAGGUCAGCCGCUGACGUGGGGUAUGGAGGGCAGCUACCCCUGCGUCCCAGCGAGGGAGCGAAGCGAGGGGCCGGCGCUGCGCUUCUCCUGCCGGCUGGCGGAUUUGGCAGGGCUUGAUGAGGAGGGCGACACUGGCCUGCGGCGCAGCGUGAGCCCCCGGCGCAGCCAGCGCAGCGCGCGCAGCGGGAGCCCCCAAAGAGCGCCCGCCAAGCCGGCGCCGAAGAAAAGGCCUGCAGAACCAGCUUCCCACAAGAUGCUUUUGGAGUCAGAUGUGACAGCUGCACUUGCUGCCGCGCGGAAGCUGAUGAAGAAGGAAUUGGACCAGGUCUUGCACCCGCCCACGUCCUCUUCGCCCUCUGCGCCCGCUGCGCCCUCUGCGCCUGCUGCGCCCUCUGUGCCCUCUGCGCCCUCGCCCUCCGCGCCCUCUGCGCCCUCCGCGCUCCGGAGCCCUCCGGACCUGGAAGUCCAACAAGGACUUCUGCACCUUGCCAGCGGGGUGGAGUGCAGGGCGCUUGUACAUAGCGGGGACAAGGUGUCCAUUUGCCUGGCGGUGAAGCCGGACUACACGCUGAGCAUUCAGGCGGCGGGCGAGUCCAAAUUUGUACCUCUGACCGACGUUGAGGAGGUGGCCUUUGGGGAAAAGGCGCUGCCGCUGCUCAGGGGCUGCCUCAGCCGGAAGCCGCCGAGCCGGAUCUGCGCGCUGAAGAUGCGGAACGGGAACAGCCUGGCGCUCCUGCCAGCGCAGCUGGCGCCGGACCUCUUCGUCCGCGCGCUGCAGCAGCUGCUGGAGGGUGCCAGAGCCGCCCCCCGCGCGAGCGCUGCAGGCCCUAUGAAGCGGCCCUCCGGCGGGCGAUCAGGAGGGGCAUCGCCUGGGUCGCCUGCGAUGCCUGCUGGUCAGCCAGAGGACCGCGAGGAGCAGCCCCGCAGCCCCGCAACCACAAUGUCGCAGCCAGAAGGGCCAGACGAGCUGGACAGAAGGCCGUCACAACCGACGCGGCGCUGCAGCUCUGGGACGUUGAAAGAGGCUCAAGGCUUGUUCCUGGACGCCCGCAUCGACACACCGCACAUAGCUUCUGGCCCACCCGCCAGGGCAGCGGCUGCAGUGGCUAGCCAGCCCCUGCAGGUGCGCCUUGCCAGCGCAGAGCAUGGCCCCGUCACUUUGCCGGCGCGCCCCCUAAGCCCUCUUCGCUCACCGCGCCCGUGUGUGGCUGCACCGGCUGCGUCAAUGCCGGCUCAGCUGGCCGUGCCAGCUGUGCCGGUCACCUCAGCUGCUGCUGCAGCUGCGGCUGCUUCGACUACGUCGCGGCUGGUGUUGUCACCUCCGCCGCGGGUGCUGGUGCCUCAGCGGCACUUCUCGCCGGUGACUCAGCCGGCUGUGCAUUGGGCCCACUUUGCGCAUUCACCGCAGCUCUCCAGGUCGCCACCGCCGCCUUGGAGGCUGGCUGCAGAGGGACCGAUCAUGCUGCGGCAGUGA